UCUAAAUAUGAAGGGUAUCGUCUAGUGCACGUCCAUAAUAACAAUCCAAAACCACAUUUUCAUGGGGGAGAUCGAACAAACUUGAACCUGAAUUUUCAGCGAUACCCACCAAUAUUUCUCCAAACCCUAACAUAUUGCAUGCACUCAACACCAUAUAUACUCCUUCCUUCCUAAGCCCUUCUAAAACUUCCAUUAAUUACAGAGGGGCCAUACACCAUCUUCAACUUCACUCCCAAAAUCAACGAUGGAAACUGGAAGCAACUCUGUAGAUCAAGAAGCUUGUAAUCACGUCGUCACGAUUUGGGAAGUGGACAAGGAGCGGCUUGCCCAGAUGGAAAAGAGGAUCUCCGAGACCACCCCACAAUUACUAAGCAUAGCCGCCGGUAGAAGCAGUUGUUGCAUCUUUAGAGUCCCCCAGAGCCUAAUCAACAUCAACGGCAAGUCGUACCAGCCCCGCAUAGUCUCCAUCGGGCCCUACCACCGCGGCCAGCCUAAUCUCCAAAUGAUGGAGGAGCACAAGUGGUGCUACCUCCGUUCUUUACUCUCCAGGACCAAGGAAGCCAAAGGUAUAACUUUAGAGGACUACUUGAAAAGCAUACACCCACUUGAAAAGGUUGGCAGAGAGUGUUAUUCAGAAACCAUCCACCUUGGCACCGACGAGUUCCUGGAGAUGAUGGUUCUCGAUGGUUGUUUUAUGAUUGAAUUGUUUCGCAAGGUUGACAAUACGGAACUGUUCGAACCGGAAGAUCCUCUCGUGACUAUGUCGUGGAUAUUACCGUUUUUCUACCGGGACUUUCUCCGGCUCGAGAAUCAAAUCCCUUUCUUUGUUCUCGAACGGUUGUUUGAAAUUUCCAAAACACCGGAUGAGGAGUCCGGCCCGUCUUUGUCCUUGCUCGCUAUGCGAUUCUUCAACAACAUAAUGCAAAGACCAGACCAAGUCAUAGAGAGGUGUCAUAAUCUCAAAGGCCUGCAUUUGCUGGAUUUGGUUCGGUCAAGUUUUAUCCCGCACGAUGAAGAAUCGCCACAACAAGAUGUGAACGCCCCCUCGCAUAUUAUUCACUGCGUCUCGAAGCUCCUCCGUUCGGGGAUCAAGCUCAAUCCGGGCAAGGCAGAGCGCUUCUUGGUGACCACUUACGCGACUUUGUUGGAUUGCCUUGUGAACACGGCCAAGGACGUGGAGUACCUUUGCGACCGCAACAUCGUUGAGAACUACUUAGGCACCGAGGCGGAAGUUGCGCGGUUCAUCAACAAUUUAGGCAAGGACGUGGCGUUUGAUAUUAAUGUUUGUUAUUUGUCGAAAUUGUUCAAUGACGUGCACGAAUAUCACGGGAACAGUUGGCAUGUUCAAUAUGCGAGCUUCCAGUAUACGUAUUUUAAAACGCCGUGGUCGUUCAUUUCGGCAGUGGCUGCGUUUGUGCUUUUAGUGCUCGCGUUUUUGCAGACCUUUUACACCAUCUAUCCUCGCCCCUGAACCCUCCCGUUCCGGCCGGCUGCCCCCUCCACACGAUAAAAACUCUUUGGUAAUUAAUAGUUUUAAGAGUGUACAUAGUUUGUUGUGCGAGUUUUGAGUUCUUAUAAUGUAAAACAGGGAAGUAUAUAUAUAUGAAAUGGAAG